AUGAGUAGCGGGACACGCAAGAAAUCAGUGCCAGGGAUAAAUGGAGGCCUUCCACAAAUUGACACUGGUGUCACGAACAAUCUUCUCAAGAAACCAGGCUCAUCAGCCGUCCCUCUCUACCAACAAUGCUCAGCGCUGGGCGCCCGUCUCUCCCGUGUACACGACUUUGCACCCUUCCUGAAUAUACAUGCUAAAUCACAACAGCAACAAGACGGACUGUCCAGCUCAUCAACAAUAACACCACCCACUCUUCGUCGAUCCGUGGAUCCGGUCCAUGGACUCUGGGACUGUCUUGCCCUCGGGACGCCUUUAUGUUUCCUUUUCAACUUAUUAGACAUUCCUAUCGAAAUGCGUCUCAAGGUCGACACCGACCCAGAAGAGAUCGACUCAAACGACGUCAAGCGAUGCAAGCAGCACAUCGCUCAGUUCCUCAUGGGUAUAUCCAACCUUCAGAAAGUUGGUAAAUGGGAUGGCACCGAUACUUUCCUUCUGGUUGAGCUGAAUGGCCCCGAGCGUAAUACAAACGGCUUCGUGAAGGUCGUGGCGGUUCUGUCGCAGCUCCUUGACAGGCUCCCUGGACAUGUAUUCAUGGAAGAACCCAUGCCGUCCACAUCACUUGAGGGUGAUAGUACUGACGAAUUAUCGACAAGCAGUGAUGGGGAUGCACCAGCAGACCCCAAUGAGGCGUUUCGCAAACACCUCAUCAAGGAACUUCUUGACACCGAGCGCCAGUACGUCCGGGACUUAGAGGUCAUGCAGAAUUUCGCGACGGCUCUCCGAACCCAGAAUCUAAUGAACCAAGACACAAUUCAUCGUUUGUUUCUGAACACGAACAGCCUUUUGGACUUCCAGCGACAUUUUCUUAUCGACUUGGAAGGUGUCUUCGAGCAGAAAUGGCCUGAACAACGAUGGGGUCAGGUCUUUAUCGACCACGAGACGGAAUUUGAGGUAUAUGAGCCGUAUUGCGCGAAUUUCGAGAGCGCAUCAAAAUUGCUGCUUGAGGUGCAGGAUGCCAUGAUGCCGUUAUCUGAGAUACUUAAUCCUCAGACCGAGUUGCCAGCGUUCUUAAUUAAACCUGUGCAGCGGAUUUGCAAGUACAGUUUGUUCCUUGAGACUCUGAAAAAAAAUCUGGAAGCUAGCGCCGGCGCCCCCUAUCCAUACAUAGAUGAAGUAAGGGAAGGUUUCGAAGCUAGCAAACGCUUCACCGCCCGCAUGAACGAGGCUCAAAGGCGAGCGGACAAUGUCGCUACCGUCAAGGCUCUUGAGAAGCGGGUGAUCGAUUGGAAGGGUCACCAUAUUGCCAAUUUCGGAGAGCUCAAGCUGGAUGACAUGUUCGCUGUAAACAAAUCGGACGUCGAUCGCGACUAUCAUGUGUUCUUGUUCGAGAAGAUAGUUCUCUGCUGCAAGGAGCCGCCAGUUGCUGGGCAGAACACUUCGACGUUGAAGAAGUCAAAGAAAACCGACUCACUUUUGAAGAAGGGUGGGUCGACGCCGGUGCCACCUGUUCCAUUGAGUGCUCAGGCAAAGAAGAGUGCUGGUCCUCUCAUGCUGAAGGGGAGGAUUUUCCUGAGCAAUGUUACGCUCGCCAAGAGCGUGACUAUUGACGGUGUACACGGCUUGGAAGUCUGGUGGCGUGGGGACGAUGAACUUGAGUUCUUCACGCUCAAGUGCAGAACAGAGGAACAAAUGAAGAUGUGGGAAAAGGAACUCAACACUCUCAUUAAUGAAGCUCAUCGCCGAUCACACGCCGCCGACCAUGCCCGCUCUCCGACGUUCGGCUCGAGUUCCGUUCAUCCGUCGAUGGUGGCUGCGGCAUCACCGAUCUUCGCAGCAUCUCCGUCGUCUUCCCAAAGUCUUGCUCCAUUUGGUAGAGGCAAGGAUCCUCGCCAGUACUUGGGUAACACCCCUAUCCCGCUCUCUGCCCAGGGUUCACAACGUUUGAAUCAAGACGACGACGCAUCUGCGGAUGAGGACUUCGACGUGUCGGACAUACGGGACGGCCGUACUUCGGCCGCUUACAUGCGUCGCCCGGGAUCGACGCCUGCGCCCAGUCAUGCAUCGUCGUCGUCCUAUGGCGGGCACAGUCGACCGGCAACGGAUGGAUAUCCCGGGCAUCAUUACCAGCGCUCAGGAUCAAGCUUCCGUCAUCAUCCACCCCCCCUGCCGAAUCAGCAAUCACAGCAACAGCAACCCGUUCGUCCUGUGUUGAAGAGUCAGUUUAGCUCUUUAAGGCUCGGUAGUGAGUAUGCCGAGGAUGAAGAUCCAAGACCGAGAGCUGCUACUACGGGCCAUGAGCGUUCGAUACCAAGUCCGUUUAAUCCACGUUUGAGGAGCAUCAGUACCCCUACGGCCCCACAGCAAACCCAGCACAAGCGACCCCAAGUCCCAAAUAACCAUAUACAAGCUUGGUCGGCUACGGCAUCACAAUCUUCUCUUAUGUCAACCUCGACCGACAAUAAGCGGGGCAGUGGCAGCUCUGGUGUGAGUGAUCGCUCGUCUGGUUUCUCGACCAACGAACACAGUGGUGGAAGUCCAAUCACUCAAUAUGGCUCGUCGAGCGGGUCUAACAUCUCGACAGCGAUGCUGCCGAAGUCGAAGCUAAGCGAAGGACAUCAGCUCCCUCCAAGUACUCCCCUCGUUCCCAAUACUGCUGGUACUGCCAACCCCAACGCGAAGGUGAAGAUAAAGGUCCACUACCGCACAGACAUCUUUGUGAUUGCCGUUCCCAAAACGGUCAAUUACCAAGAGUUGCUGUUUAGUGUCACGAAGAAGGUUCGAUUAUGUGGAGGAGAUCGGGAUGACAGUCCCUUGCGGAUCAAGUACGAGGAUGAGGAUAACGAUAUGAUUACCUUGGGCUCCGACGAGGAUAUUCAGAUGGCGUUCGAUACGAAUCUCGCCCAGAUCUCAUUCCACGUUGCGUAA